AUGGAAGGCAAAAAACAGUUGUGUCACGAGAAUAACUGCAGUCCUCAGACAUCCAGAACUAGGCACCAGAUGUAUUAUGAGUGGUCAAGGGAACCAGCUGCAUCAUGA